AUGCAACAACUAGUAUCAAACUUCGAAUCACUUUUGAAGAACUUCAUAAAAACCUCAAAUGAAAUCUAUGAUAUUCUCUCUGGAGUAUCAUCCACAUUGCUGGAAACUCAUGCACUCCAAACUCAAUCCAAACUUGAUAUUGUAAUGCCAUUAGCAGAGUCAAUGUUUAGGAAUAUAGAAAAUAGUGCACAGAAAGUUCAAUUACCAACAGAUCUACAAGAGCUUUUGGAGACUUCUGCUUCACAGCUUUGGAAUAUUAGCAAUUCAAUUUCUGUUGCUUUGGAUGCCAAAAAUCUCAUGGAGAUCACUUAUAAUGCCAAAUUAUUCUCCAUCAUAUUGUUAAUCAUAUAUGAGUUGCUAAAUCCCAGUGUUGAUAGAUCAUUAAUGAAUUCUUCCUGUAUCGUUAGUCUUUUUACACUUUCUAUGUCCCACGAAAUAAAAUUGGUUGCAAAAAAAUGUCAGUCUUACGGAGAAUCAAUUUUGGUCAAACUUAUUUCCUUGGACAAGGAUACGGAGUUGAACCCAAGCCAAAAGAAGAUGCUUCAAGAGAACUACCUGAAAUUAAUAAUGUUGAGCUUGAAUCUUUCAGUUUUGAAUAAAGAAUUCCAAUUAGCAAAGACUUUCGAAGUCAAACUUGAAAAGUUAGAUCUCCAGAACUCUGUCAAACCAGAAUUUAUUUUCGAAUGUAGUAGGUUCUUAUACAAUUCCAGUUUAACACUGUUCCAAGAUAGUCAGUAUGGUAUUGCUUUGUCCUUGAUUCUCAUUUGCAUAAGAUACCUAGAAUGUGAUGGUAUUAAGUUUAAAAACUCACAAGCAUUCAAAGAACGGUAUUUUCAUUCUUAUAUUCUCCUUGCUUUAGGAACACCAGAACUAAAAGAAAGGGCUAAAACAGCAUUGAAGUUUAUGCAGAACCAAUUUGGAGAUUCAUUUGAAGUAUACUAUCUUGCAUUUGAAGUGAAUGAUGAUCUAUGUGAAGAGGAUAUUGAAAACUCGUUCAUGCGAAUGGUAAUGUCUGUGGAUCUAGAGGCUAACUUUGAUAAAAUAAACUCUCUUUUGAAGGAAUACUCAAAUAAAUCUUUUCACGGGGUAAACAAAUGUUUGGAUUAUAUGUUUACCAAAUUUGGUUCUACGGAUAAGGAGGAAGUCAUCAACACUAUUGUCACAACCAAAUUAGUUUUCAAUACUGUCUUAGAAACUAAUGAGAAUAAUCCCAAUAAGAUUAAGGAGCUACAAACCUUUAUUCAAUUAGCAGAGAGAACCUUAGUCAAGCAACUUUCCUUGAAAGUCAAAACAAGUGGGAUUGCAUUGUUGUGGAACCAAGGAAUGAAAAGCUACAGACAAGGUCAAUUCCAAGAAAGUCUUCAAUGGUUUCAAAUUGCUCUAUCAAGAUUAUUUUUCAUCGAAUAUUCUAUAAACCAGGACAGAGGAAAGGUUUUAAGAGCUAUACAGAAUUGCUAUAUCGCUACUAAUAAGUUCGACGAUGCUAUCGGAAUAAUCUUGACCAUGGAGGAAGAGGAUAAGUUUGCCAUAUUAACACAGUACAAUUCAUUUAAAGCUUAUUUGGGGCUUGACAACGAAGAAGCUUGUUUAAAAUGUAUUGACAAUAUUUCAUCUUGUGAUGAUCCAAUUGCUGUAUUAGUAGCUGCUGCUUGCAUUAUUGAAGGUAGAGACAGAAUGUCCAAAAAUGCGACUGCACAAUCAAUGAUCAAGCUUCUUAGUUCAUUAUUAGAAUCGGAAUAUGAAUCCGAAAUCUUUCUAGAAAGGUUAAAAUCUCAUGAAAUUGUUAUCCCAGUUGCUCUUAGAUGUACCAUAAUAUUACUCUGUACUGAGAUAGAGAAAUUGUCAAACAGUCAGGAAAUGUUACCAAAACUUUGUAUUCUAAAAGAAUUGUUGCAAAAAACUUAUUCGGUUGCGAAAAAAACUACACACAAUUCUGAAAUAGAUAAGGCACAAAUACUUACUAUAGAUGAUUUAGAAUGGUUCGCAAGUAAAGCUUACAAUACUGCAAAUAUAUGCCUCCAUCAUAAUAUCAAUUCAAUUGGCUCUGAUUUAUGUCAAGUUUCUGUUGGGUUCAUAGAGUUGAUAUCGCCUCAAGUUGAUUCAACAAGAUACAAACAACUUCUAUUAUGGAAAACAAGAGCAAGUAUUAUGAAUAUCCUCGUCUCAUGUUUAACACAAGAUUUAGGAACAGCUGAAUGGAAUCAAAUAAGAGAUAAAUGUGUCAAGAUAAAUGAGGAAGUAAAGCGUGAGAACACAUCCAAUACACAAAGUGAUUGGGCAGAAUGCCAUAGGCAGAUACUUGUAUUACAUUUUCAAGCUGAGCUAUCCCUGGGUUAUAUUCAAAACCUUUUUGGAAUCAUUGAAGAAUGCAAAUGGUUUAAACCUAAAAUAAUGAUCCAAAUAUUUGAAACUUUUGUGAAUCUUAUUGUCGAGGCAACAAGGCUAAUCAAUAGUCCGCACAAGAAACAACUUAUGAGAACUAUAGUUGAACAAACCUUGACAACAACUCAGCCUCUUCAAUUGAAGAUAAUCAUUAAUUGGAUGAGGAUACUUUUAAAUUUAAAUGAGGCUAAUUUUGGACCAGCUGAAGAAGGGUUGCUUUUACAACUUUAUCGAACCAUCAAAUUGAAUGUUGGAGAAGUAACCAUUCCUACAUUCGAGAUUGAAUGGUUAUCUACAGCAACAUGGAACUAUGGAGUGGUGCUACUAAUGUAA